UAUUUUAUUAAAAUUAAGAAAUCAAAUCUUAAGAUAAUGCAAACCGGUACAACGGUUUGAACCGACAGAACCGGAUUUACCGCCGGUACAUAAGACAUACCGUAUUCGGGUUUUACCGGCCUUUAUCGUACCGGACUCGUGUCCGAUAUCCGGUUUAACCGGUAUAACAGACCGGUUCAUACCGGUAUUUAAAACAUUGGUAUCCCCACCACCAAGUCCGUUUUUCAACUUCAUCAUGCGAUAAACUUGGCUCUAAAACCAACACGGGAGAUUGGUCCACGUGGACCUUCACAAACCAGUAAUAAUGGGCAUCCUCUACUCUAAUUAAUAAUUCAAGUUACUCUUUCAGUGAGAAGUAGAGCGAUCAUGGCGAUGAAUAUGAUGAUGAUUAACCCCAUUAAUCUUAACCUGAACAAAACUAGAAACCCGUACCCAAAUUCAUACAUACAACACACCCAAUCACUCAAAUCAUCACAAAUUAGCAACACCCAUGAACCCAAUCACACUUCAUUCAUAUCAGCUCAUUCACUGGUCCAACAAUUCGACCCCAAUAUCCCAAUUCAAGAAGCCCUAACCCCACCAAGUUCAUGGUACACUUCCACUGAGUUUCUCUCUCUAGAAUUUGAUCAAGUCUUCUUCAAAGGAUGGCAGGCUGUUGGAUGUACUGCACAAGUUCAGGAGGCUAACAGUUUCUUUACUGGAAGAUUAGGAAAUAUAGAAUAUGUGGUGUGUCGUGAUGAAUAUGGUGAGUUGCACGCAUUUCAUAAUGUUUGUCGUCAUCAUGCCUCGCUUCUAGCCUUUGGAAGUGGGAAAGGUUCUUGCUUUACAUGCCCUUAUCAUGGAUGGACAUAUGGGUUGAAUGGAGCACUUCUAAAAGCAACAAGAAUAACAGGGAUAAAGAACUUCAAUGUUAACGAGUUUGGACUCGUUCCAUUGAGGGUGGCCGUAUGGGGGCCAUUUAUCCUUCUUAAUUUAGAAAAAGGAGCGUUUUCUCAACAAGGUUGUGAUGAUAAUGUGGGAAUGGAAUGGCUUGGUAGCUCUUCUAAGAUACUAAGUACCAACGGGGUCGAUACUUCUCUAAGUUAUGUUUGCAGACGCGAGUAUAUUAUCGAGUGUAACUGGAAGGUCUUUUGUGAUAAUCACACAGAUGGCGGGUAUCAUGGACCUUUCGUGCAUAAAGAUCUUUGUCUUAAUCUUCUCAACUCCCUUUCCACCACAGUAUACGAGAAAGUAAGCAUACUAGGUCAGGAAAAAUUGGAUAGGCUUGGAUAUGAAUCCUUAUAUGCUUUCAUAUAUCCAAACUUCAUGGUGAAUAGGUACGGGCCAUGGAUGGACACCAAUCUAAUACUUCCAUUAGGACCCCGACGAUGCAAAGUGGUUUUUGAUUACUUUCUUGAAGCGUCUCUUAAGGAUGAUGAAGCUUUUGUGGCUAAGGGUAUAGAAUACAACGAGAAACUUCAGAUGGAAGAUUUUGUGUUGUGUCAAGCGGUCCAGAGAGGGUUGGAAUCACCGGCUUAUAGCAGAGGUCGAUAUGUGCCUAUGGUGGAGGAGGCCAUGCAUCAUUUUCAUUGUCUGCUACAUCAAAAUCUUAUCAAAUGAUGUUAUUUAUGACCGGUAACUGUUAUAUGCACCAUUAAGUUUCAUUGUAGGUGAACCCCAUUGAUUAUGAAUUUCUAAUUUGUUUCAUGUAAUCGAAUUGAAGAUCAUUGGGGUUCAUCAUCAUUGCCAUGAUCUGAUUUUACAAUCUUCCUCACACUCAAUCUCGGUUAUUAUCAUCGUACAUGACGUAAAAAUCUUAACUUUUUUGGUUUAACAUAUUUAAAAAUUUAUGACAGUUUUAAGUCUGAUCAACUAAC